AUGAUAGAGUUCAAAACAGGGGAAACAACCUGGAGAUUACUGCAAGAUUUGCACGAACUUGGCCGACGGGUAAUCUUGCACGACGGAAUUCAAGAUUGGGGUUCCGAGUUCGGACAGCCCGGAGCCGAACAGUAUCCGGACUAUUCGGCACCGGGCUCCCGGGUCGGGCCUGAAACCGAGGGAUUUCUGGGCCCAUUCGAAGAAGCUGAAGCAGAUUUUUGGAUGGGUCUGGAUGUUGUUCAGGAUCUCGUGAAAGAGGGAGGGAGUGAAAUUGGUGGAAAGCUUGAGGGGUUUGAGAAGUGGGCCCCACAAUCUGGAGUGUCGUUGCAGGAGGAUGGCGGAUGCUUGCGAAACCAGCUGGGUUUUCUUGAUUUGGACCCUCCAGUUGGGAAUGGCGUCUCGUUUGGGAGUCUUGGUGGAUUUGGGUUCAAUCGGAAGAGUAACAUGUUCAUAACCGGAAAGUAUUGA